AUGAUCGCGUUGCAGCAAGCAACCCCUACCCCCGAUCCUUUCGGGGUCCCCGCGAAUGCACCGGAGCACUGUCCGGGGACUGAAUCAGAACUUGCUGGAAAGGCGGACGCGUGUGCAGGAUGUGCAAAUCAAGAGAUAUGUGCAUCGGGAGAAACCCGAGGUCCCGACCCCGCCCUUCCUCUCGUACGCGAACGCAUGUCCAGUGUUAAGCGCAAGAUCCUUGUGCUCUCCGGAAAGGGCGGCGUAGGGAAAUCUACGUUUACCGCACAGCUCGGAUGGGCGUUCGCUGCAGACGAGAACGUCCAGACCGGAAUCAUGGACGUCGACAUCUGCGGGCCCUCAAUACCGACCAUCCUCGGGAUCGCCUCCGAGCAGGUGCACGCGUCCUCCUCCGGCUGGUCGCCCGUGUACGUGCAAGACAACCUCGGCGUGAUGUCCGUCGGGUUCAUGCUGCCCUCUGCGAAGGACGCGAUCAUGUGGCGCGGCCCGAAGAAGAACGGGCUCAUCUCGCAGUUCCUCAAGGACGUCGACUGGGGCGACCUCGACUACCUCGUCGUCGACACUCCGCCCGGCACGUCCGACGAGCACCUCAGCAUCGUGCAGUACCUCAAGGAGAGCGGCAUCGACGGCGCGGUCGUGAUCACGACCCCGCAGGAGGUUGCGCUGCAGGACGUGCGGCGUGAAAUCGACUUCUGCAACAAGGUCGGGAUCCGCGUCCUUGGGCUCGUCGAGAACAUGUCUGGCUUCGUGUGUCCGAACUGCAAGACGGAGUCGCAGAUAUUCAAGCCGAGCACCGGGGGUGGGCGGCGGCUGGCGCAGGACAUGGGCGUGGAGUUCUUGGGCGCUGUCCCGCUGGACCCGCGGAUAGGCAAGAGUGCGGAUUACGGCGUGAGCUUCUUGGACGAGUACCCCGAGAGCCCGGCGAGCAUUGCAUACCUGGACAUCAUAGACAAAAUCAAGCAGCAGCUGGGCGACGUUUGA